AUGGGUGAUUUUUGGAGGAAGCUCUGGGUGAUCCAGGUGAACCUCUGGCUGAUGGCUCUGCUCACAGGUGGGACCUCAGCAGAGGAGAACAGCACCAGAAGCAGCACAGGUGAUGGAUGCCCCAUGGUGCAGCAACAACCACGCUACAUAGCGGCCAAGAAGAACAUGCCCGUCCACUUCAUCUGCUACUCCCGGGAGCCCCAUAACAUGCAGUGGUACAAAACAGCAGAAGACAGCGAUGAAUUCUACGAACUGGACUACAGCAACUCCCGCUACAGCAUCGAGAGGAAAGACAACUUCAUCAACUUCACCAUCUUCAAGAUCAAGUACGAGGACAACGGCAUCUACGUGUGCGGUAGCAAGAACCUCACAGCGGAGCAGGUGUCGCAGUUGUGCGGGACGGAGCUCAGAGUCAUGAGUCACAGCAACAUCCAGCAGAUCCAGAGGAGAAACACCCUGAAGGACGCCAUCAUCAUCAUCCAGUCCAUCCUGCUGGUCAUCUUCAUCAGCGUCCCCGUGCUCCUCCUCCUAGAUAAAGGUGAAGGCAAGGAAAUCCCAGAGGAGGACCACACCUAUGAGGGUCUGGAGGUGGAGCAGAUGGCCACCUACGAGGACAUCACUCCAUUCCGGGAUGUGAAGGCCAAGUGGACAGUUGGGGAGCACCCGGGUGAGGAGUGA